GACGUUCCUUUGGCAGAAGUGUGCAAACAUCUGUAGAAGAGUAUAAAAGCUCCACCAGGUCCUCUAUGGCAGUACGGCAUAUUGGCGUGGACAUACUGCUCUGUAAUCAUGGGAAAGAUCAUCUUUUACGAAGGUCGCAACUUCCAGGGCCGCUCUUAUGAGUGCUCUGCAGACUGCUUUGACACCUACAGGCACUUCAACUUCUGCAACUCCAUCAGGGUCAUGGGGGGUCAUUGGGUGGCCUACGAGAAGCCCAACUAUAUGGGAUAUCAGUACAUCCUGGGCCGUGGGGAGUACCCUGACUUUAAUCACUGGAUGGGCUUCAACAGUUGUAUCAGAUCUUGUCAGAUGUUCCCCCCAUACAGAGGAGCCUACCGCAUGAGAAUCUACAACAGGCCUGAAAUGUACGGACACAUGAUGGAGUUCACAGACGACUGCCCCAACGUAUAUGACCGUUUCGGCCACCACGGCAUCUACUCCUCUAAUGUUAUGGAGGGCUUCUGGAUCUUUUACGAGCACCCCAACUACAGAGGCCGUCAGUUUUUCCUGAGGCCUGGAGAGUACAGAGCUUGUGGAGACUGGGGUUGCAUGAAUCCUAUGAUUGGUUCCUUCAGAAGAAUGAGGAGCAGUUUAGUGUAAACAGAGUCUUUUUUUUAACACCUUUAAAGACUUUUAAACGAAAUAAAUUGAUUCUCUUUUAUUCAUUCCACUGUCAAUUGUUUGGUUACAAAGGAAAAUGAAAAGGUUUGCUCAGCUUGCCUGUUGUUUUCAGAGUUAGAAUCCACUGAUCCUCUGCCCAAUAAACAUGAAAAUAAAGACUACAUCAGUUCCAAACAAAAUCGAACUUUACACAUCUGACUUCAUUGAAGAAUUUAUUUUUUGUCUGAUUCCAGAACAAAAAAGAAAUAAAUUUUG